AUGGCAUCAAGAAAAUUGGCAGAUGCAGCCUCAUGGUACUGCGCCACUGCCCUACUAGCCUUGAUCUUGUUUGCUUCCAUCAGAGAGAACAGCUCUACGCCAGACAACAACGACUUGGUUCGAGGGAAACACUUCAAUGACUUCAUGACCAACCGGCCGUGUGAUGAAAUAUAUGUCGUCGGAGAAGGUGAGACGCUCCAUACCAUCAGUGACAAGUGCGGCGACCCAUACAUCGUGGAGCGCAACCCUCAUAUCCAUGAUCCGGACGAUGUUUUCCCUGGACUAGUCAUCAAGAUCACUCCUACUGAACGAUCAUCAGCGGUGUAG